CCCAGCGUCUCCCCACCCGGCCCCUACAUCGGGGCACCCUCACGGGUCCCUGCGUCCUCCAGCCCCGUCGUGCGCCCUCCAGGAUGGCUCCGAGACACGCGGUGGCCGGGCUGCUGCUGCUGGCGGCCGCGGGCUUGGGACGCGCAGCAGAGGGGCCCGAGCUCGCCUUCAGCGAGGACGUGCUGAGCGUCUUCGGAGCCAAUCGGAGCCUGUCAGCGGCGCAGCUGGAACACCUGCUGCAGCGGCUGGGGGCUGCCCCCGGCGCCGGAGCGCUGGAGCUCGGCCAGUUGCACUUCAACCAGUGUUUAUCAGCAGAAGACAUCUUUUCCAUUCAUGGUUUUUCAAAUGCUACCCAGAUAACCAGCUCAAACUUUUCUGCCAUCUGCCCAGCAAUUUUACAGCAGUUGAACUUCCAUCCCUGCGAAGAUCGGCCCAAGCACAAAGUGAAGCCAAGUCUUUCUGAAGUCUGGGCAUAUGGAUUCCUGUCGGUGACAAUUAUUAAUCUAGCCUCUCUCCUGGGAUUGAUUUUGACUCCACUGAUAAAGAAGUCCUAUUUUCCCAAAAUUCUGACUUAUUUUGUGGGGCUGGCUAUUGGAACACUUUUCUCAAAUGCAGUUUUCCAACUUAUUCCAGAGGCAUUUGGAUUUAAUCCCAAAAUUGACAACUAUGUUGAGAAGGCAGUCGCUGUGUUUGGUGGAUUUUACAUACUUUUCUUUUUCGAAAGAACACUUAAGAUGUUAUUAAAGACAUAUGGUCAGAAUGACCAUACCCAUUUUGGGAAUGAUGACUUUGGUUCUAAAGAAAAAGCCCACCAACCUAAAACGUUACCAUUACCUGCGAUCAAUGGAGUGACAUGCUAUUCCAACCCUGCUGUUACAGAGCCUAAUGGACACAUCCACUUUGACACUGUCAGUGUGGCGUCUCUCCAGGAUGGAAAAACAGAGCCAAGUUCAUGUACCUGUUUGAAGGGGCCCAAGUUGUCAGAAAUAGGGACAAUUGCCUGGAUGAUUACACUCUGCGAUGCCCUCCACAAUUUCAUUGAUGGCCUGGCGAUUGGGGCAUCCUGCACUCUGUCUCUUCUUCAGGGACUCAGUACUUCCAUAGCGAUCCUGUGUGAGGAGUUUCCUCAUGAGUUAGGGGACUUUGUGAUCUUGCUCAAUGCAGGGAUGAGCACUCGACAAGCCUUGUUAUUCAACUUUCUUUCUGCGUGUUCCUGCUACGUUGGGCUAGCUUUUGGCAUUUUGGUGGGCAAUAAUUUUGCUCCAAAUAUUAUAUUUGCACUUGCUGGAGGCAUGUUUCUCUACAUUUCUCUGGCAGAUAUGUUUCCAGAGAUGAAUGACAUGCUGAGAGAAAAGGUGACAGGAAGGAAAACGGAUUUCACCUUCUUCAUGAUUCAGAACGCUGGCAUGUUAACUGGGUUCACAGCCAUCCUGCUCAUCACCUUGUAUGCGGGGGACAUUGACCUGGAGUAGCAGGGAGCAGACGGCGUGACAGUGAAGGCAUUUCACAGACAGCACACCUCCAAAGGGAGGUUUAAGCCUAUUCUGUUUAGUUAAAAGAUACUUUUCUUUUUAACUGUAGAACAAGAAAUCUUAUGACUGGUUUCAGACCUGUAAUAUAGGUGAUCAUUUGUUGUUAAAAAUUCAUCAAAAGGUUUUCAGUUUCAGUCUGAAAUGAAAAAUACCUAUUUUUCAAAGUUUUAUGCAUAUUAGAAAACCAUCAUGAAACAAGACUCAUGCAUUCAUAAGCAGACACAUAGACCCAGAGAAAAAUGCAAGCCAGGCCAUGCAAGCCUUUCCAGCUUGGCAGGAUCAAAGUGUCAAGUGCUUUUGUAGUGAUUUUCUUUCAGUUAAUGUGCUGUUGCUUUCAAGGGUAGGUACAUCAAAAUGCGGAAGAAACUCAAACGUCUAUAGCACAGAUAUAAAUGAUUCCAGAGCCUUAAUGAGCCCCAGAAAGAAGGAUUUCUCACAGUGUUAGCGCAGUUUUAUAUUUCAAUUAGCAACUUGUAGGCUUGUUUUAAAAACUAUUCCAAAGUCAUAUGAAUUUAGGACAUUCUUGCUAACCCUAUGAAGCUUGGACUUAAGGGGGUAUCCUUAAGAGUAAACUCUACCAGACUCUACUCUGUAAACAAGGCCAGAAUUGUUUUGUAAUGACUUAUGUUGUGGCUGUAUCCCUUAGAAAUGGCAGAACAGUAUGCAAGACUGGUCACAGCCCAGUUUCACUGAACUAUGUGUUUGCUUUGUGCCAGAGAAGAAUAUGUUGGGUUGGAGAUAGAAAUUGAAUGUAAUUUUGAGAAAUUUACUUUUUAAAGAUGAACAUAAUUAUUUAGAAGAGAAUACUUCAAUAAAUGCAAAACAAUAGCUGGGUUGUGCUAUGUCAAAGGCUGAUUAACUAUGAAACACGCGUUCCUUAUGGGUGAUUAACAGUCAGAAAAACCUUUCUUUCCUUUUCUUUUCUUUUUUUUUUUGUUCAGUAUGCUUUUUCCGUGUCGUGGGGAAAAUAUAGCAUACUGUGGUUAUUUUUCUACCUUUCAUGAAAAACAGAGCCUGUUUACUCUUUAAUAGGCAGUAGAAAACUAGUCUAAAUUUGAACAUCCCAGGCUCAAUUCACACUCCCAAGUAACUUAAGGAAAGAUGAUUUGACAGUGAAGAAAAUUAUUGAUAGAGACCAAUACUUAUCUCAGUAACUACAUUUUCCUACAAACCAUAACAUAUUUUCAUAUAGUUGUAAUACAAAAUUGACAUUUUACAUAUAUGCUAAUGUAUAUUUCACUCUAUAAUUGACACUUCAAAAAAGAUGUCAUUGACCAAAUAGUAAACAACUUUGAAACUGCGUAUUGUGUAUUGUGUAUUCAUUAUGCUCUUACUGUGACUCUGUUUUGAGUGGCUACAUGUACUUAGUAAGUGGGAGAGAGAUAAACAGGAAACUGGUGUAUUAUUUCAAAGAUACAGAGCAAAUAAAUUCUACAAAGAUUUAUUAUUUGUUUCAAUAAACAUAAUCUAUUUUUAUCAUU